AUGACGAUUGCUCUCAAGACAUUCCCCACAUUCAAACAGCUUUACCGCAACAUAUAUCAAGAACUACUUGCGUACGAAGCCAAGACUUUAGCAGCACAGAAGCAAAAGGAAAACACCAAACUCACAGCCUACUACUCAUAUUUAAAGUCAGUUGCUCAAAGGGAUGGUAAACCAGUGGAUGACAUCAACAGCAAGCUCGAGUCAUUAAAGAAAAGUAAGUUACAAGAGAGCCCUUCCUCCACUUCCUCGGAUGUGUCCAACCAACCUGCCGAAUUGCAAGACUUAUCCACGUUACAUAACAUCAUUGGUGACAAAGUAGGUAUCAAUUCCAGCUACGAAUUGAACAACUUGAACAAUGUGGCUACAUUCUUGAAAAAUCAGCGGGAAUAUUUCGAAUUGUUGGUGAGAUACAAUCCGGGGUUAUUGAUGGACCAACAAGAAAACGUAUCCAAGACGGCCAAUAGAGUCGGAUUGGAUGUACCUGAAUAA